AUGUCAAAAACAGUAUACAUCGAUAAUGGAAAUAUAUGGUCCAACACUUUCUUGAUAAUCCAUCCAUUCAAUGCUAUCCAUACUAAGGAACAAGACAUAAACUGGCAGGGCAUACCUUCUAAAGAUUGUAGCUGUCUAGUAUUUUCACAGCCAAGGCUAACUAUCAAGGAUCUAAUCUCCAUCCAGAGUUACAGGUAUAAACAUCUCAUUGAGCCUUUACUUACUGUUGGCUGUAAUUUUCUAGUGUCCUUACCGUCCAGGCCAACGAUCAAGGAUCUAAUAUCCAUCCAGAGUUAUCGACAGGCAUGUUUCUCUACAUAUUUUCCUACUAUCAAUUGUCUUUUUUUAAUGAUUUUUACCCUCAGACAUAGAUCAAGUAUCCGUUCUGUAUCAAAGGAUAAAGUCUUUACACAAUCCAGGACAAAGAUCAGGGUUCCACAUUUCAUUGACGAUCACAGUGUUUUUUACUGUCCAAACCAAAGAUCCAGGUCCCAGUCUCUAUCAAGGGUUACAGACAAGCCCAACGAUCAAGAUUUCGGGCUCGAGUAUCAUAUACCUGCAUAUGACCUUACAGUCAUAUUUAAUGCUAAACAUUAA